CGCCUCCUGGUUCCGCAGUCACUUCCUGCAGCUGUUUCCCUGUGGGUCGGGUUGGACUGACUUUUGAGUCAGCCUUCAGCUGCGGAGAGGGCUCGGCUGGGGCCAGCUGAGAAAGUUGCACCGAGGGAGGCGGGGUUGAGCCCGGCCGAGCCGGCGCGCAGGGCAGACAGCGGCGGGCGUCCCUGGCGGACGCGGCGCCCAGAUCCCCGGUGCGUCCGCGGGGUUCCGACUUUCACGUGCUCCAUUUGGAUCAUCUAGGCGGGCAGCUGCGUUGGCCCUCGCGCUGGCCGCCCCCCUCUCCUGGGAGACGGGAUUCCAUCUUUCGUGAUGGCAUCCUUGAGAUUGAGAUUGAAGACCUGACUUCUGCUUGCCCAUUGGAUUAUGUCCAAGGCUUUCAUACCCAAUGAUCCUCUUGCAACACGCCGGGCUUUCUCUGCCUAAGCGGCCCUCAUCCUCUCCUCCUAUGUCAGUGGCCACCAGGUCUACAGGAACCUUGCAGCAUCCGCCCCAGAAGCCUUUUGGGCAGGAGGCUUCCUUACCUCUGGCAGGAGAAGAAGAGUUACCUAAGACAGGGGAGCAAGACUCUGCCCUGGAGGAGCUAUGUAAGCCCCUGUACUGCAAACUCUGUAAUGUCACCUUGAACUCAGCGCAGCAAGCCCAGGCUCAUUAUCAGGGUAAAAAUCAUGGUAAGAAACUUCGAAAUUACUAUGCAGCAAACAGCUGUCCUCCUCCUGCCAGAAUGAGCAAUGCGGUGGAACCUGUGGCUACCCCAGCUGUUCCAGUCCCUCCACAGAUGGGCUCCUUUAAGCCGGGAGGCCGAGUGAUCCUGGCCACAGAGAACGAUUACUGUAAGCUCUGUGAUGCCUCCUUUAGUUCUCCGGCUGUGGCUCAGGCUCACUAUCAAGGGAAGAAUCAUGCCAAGAGACUGCGGCUGGCGGAAGCUCAGAGUAACUCAUUCUCAGAAUCCUCAGAGGCCGGUCAGCGGCGGACCCGGAAAGAAGGGAAUGAAUAUAAGAUGAUGCCUAAUAGGAGAAAUAUGUAUACAGUGCAGAAUAAUUCAGCAGGUCCGUAUUUCAGUCGCCGCUCUCGGCAGAGAAUUCCGCGGGAUCUGGCUAUGUGUGUUACUCCAAGUGGCCAGUUUUACUGCUCAAUGUGUAAUGUUGGGGCUGGCGAAGAAAUGGAAUUCCGGCAGCAUUUAGAGAGCAAGCAACAUAAAAGCAAGGUGUCUGAACAGCGAUACAGGAAUGAGAUGGAGAAUCUGGGCUAUGUAUAGUGAUUGUUGUAUUCAGAGAGAGCAGCUUGUCCUGCCUGUUGUUUGCCUUCUGUCAACAUGCCCUGCUUUGUGGUCUUUUUGAUAUGAGUACAUUCCUCUGCUUAACUUUAAUACGUGUAACCUGCAGUGGUACCAUGAGGUGUCAAACCUGAGGAAGGAAAAGAAUGUGCUUCUUGGGUCAUGAUGCUUUUUCAGGUCCAUUGUGUUGAGCUACUUAGAGCAUGUGACCUGCCUACCCUAUGAGAAAUAAUUUUUAUCUUGACCAAGUUCUGGUCAAUUAGUAGCUUGACCACUUAGAGCUUUAACUAUUUAAAAAUUUCAUCUUCUUUUGCAAUUUUAGUUUUAGGUACUAUUAAGUAAAUAAUUUUAUUGAGUUCUUACUUCAGAUCAUAGUAAAAGCAUGUAAACAGAGAUUUCAGUUUCCCAAGGCUUCUUUGGAACUACCAUCUCGACUCGAUGCCUUGUCAGUAGGAUAUACUAUUACAAACUGUACUAAGGUCUCUCCCAGGACAUUUUCUCAUAUAUCAUGUCCUCCUAUUAUUGAAAUGCAGGUUUUCUUGGAUUCAUACACUUCCAAUGUGUUUGUGGACUUCCAAACAGUGAAACUUCAUUUCUAGUUAUGGAUUUCACACAUUUAAAUGCCACCUACUUCCUUCCUUUUCCCCGCUCCUCCAGUUGAAUUAGUUUGUCUAAUAAGCUCAUUUUAAUGCCCCAGCUAUAUUGUGAGAUUGCAAGGACCCACAUUUGAAUAUUCAAUGAAUUUAAGAUAGAUAUGAUGUUUUUAAAAAUAUAUUUUUCAGCUGGUUUUAGAAAAUGUACAGAUAUGUUUGAUUUUUCAAUUUAGAGUUACUUCAUUGAUAAUAACUUGUACUUAUACGAUGGUCUCAAUCAUAAGUUUAGAUCUUUGGAUAUUUGGUUUGGUGGACUUUUUUAGAUAAACCUAUCCUUACAUUUUAUUUACAUUUUUCUCUAUCUUGCUAGUUUGCCAACUUGUCCUGAAAAAUACCACUACCUUAUUCUUUCAUAGAUAGAGAAGAAUUAAAAAAAAAGUUAACCAAAUUUCAGUAUCAUCAUUUCUAGUAGGAAAUACAUGAACCUUGAAUUUAUUCUUCAUAAUUUAGCUUCCUUGAAGAUAAUAGAAGUACAAUUUAGAUUACUUGAUAUUUGAUAAUUGCAACAGCGUUAUUAUUUUUGUAUUUUGUUUUAAAAAUAAAGCUGUAGUGUAUGUCUAGAUUAAUUAAUGGAGUACUCCAUGAACUUUCAUUAACUGUAUUUUAUCUACUUGCUAUAUUUACAUGGAUAAGACCAGUACUCAUCCAUACUUCUUUUGAAGGGCCACAUUGAAAUUUAUAUAGUGCAGUAUCUUUGCACUACAAUCAAUUCACGUUUGAUUACUUAUAUUACUAAUUAAAAAAAAACAAUAGUCCUGUUUUUCCUUGAGAAUUCUCUAGGCAAAGAGAUGGGGAGAGGAAAAUUAUAAUCAUUAUUUCUUUCCUUUAAUACUUCUAAACAAUUUUUGAACAAGCUAGAUUCAUAUUUAAAAUUCGAUUUUGUGAUUAACCUCUGGUACAGUAUCAAGUUAUUCUUCUGUUGAAGUGGUGGUUUUUGAAAAGUAGAACUUUUUAAUAAAUUUCAUUUUGUCCUGGAACCAGAAGAAUGAAAUAAUGUUCUGUUGAGAUUCCAUCUAGACCGGUGACUCUUAGUGUAAUAACCUUUUAUGCAGUAGUCUAUAAAGUACAAUUGAUUAGUUCGGGUCAAUUUAGAGCUUAUUUUAUUGGUCAAUAGAUUAUUCAUUUUGCUGCUAGUACAGUUUUUGGUAGAUUUUAAUAUUACAGUGCUGGCCACUUGGUUCUAUGAUUAUUUAAAAAUCUAAUUUUUCCUCUGUAUAUGUAUUUCUAUACAUAUACACAUAUGCAUAUAUAAAACUAUAUAUAUAGUUUUAUGUGAUACCAUAGAGAAGAUUUUAUUGAAUCCUUAUUUCAGAUCACAGUAGAGAAUUGUGGAUAAGAAUUCACAAUUUGUAAAAGUGGCAUUCAUCCACUUUCAGUUUGUCCUUUGCAAAUAAAAUAGAAGGAAAGCUUUCCCUCACUCCUCACUUAACAGUUUCGUUAUACACAUACAAAAAGCAGUGGAUUUAAGGCCUUGAUGUUUUUCCUGGCCUUGUGUAUUCAGGUUUCCAGUCUCCCAGUGCCCUUAAUGGAUGUUGUGAAUGCAUAAACGCAUUUUCUUUUAAAGAAAAAAGUUAGAUUUAUAGUGUUGUUUCUUACUUGCUAUAUUUUUUUGCACUGAAAAAAAGAGCUAUGUUUUUUUUAUAUGACACUUUAGAUACCAUAUUGCCUACAAUGACUCAGUUUGCUUCUUAAUUUCCAAACUCUAGGAAGCCGAUAACUUCCAUGAUUAUUUAUAGAGGUUGCAUACACAUUCCUCCCCCAACCCCCAAAUCUCUAUGACAGUGGGCUGUGUUUUGGGCUUGUUACCUUGCAAUGUUCUUUUGUGUUCCAAAGGUAAAACAGAGGGUGACAGAAGUUGUCAGAAGGGAAAUGCCUGAAUAAAUACAUCUCUGCAUGGUACAAUUUCUCACACUUUUGCAUUCCUUAUAGACAGUUUUUUUCCCUGUCAAAGAAGUUGGUUGUUACUACUGCAGUCAGUAAAAUAGAUCUCCGUUGAUUUCAUUUUGUGAAGUCCAGUUCUGCUCUGUAAUGUGCUUUAGAAUUUGUACGCUUUGCUCCCGAGGAAUCACGUUAGUAUUUUUUAUAUGCUGUAUACAAGGAUGGACAGAGGCCUAAACUAAAUGGAAAACCUUUAGUCAAUUAAAUUAAGUAGAUUUUAGUAACCAUCUGCAAGAACUCAUUGCAUCAAAGUCUUUUCUCUGUGAAUAUCUUUGUGUAAGUUGUCAUUCAAAAUCAAUGUUGGAAGAUGACAAUUAGAAACUCUUCUAAGAUAUUGAGGGCAAGGAGUUGUAAAGGAAAAAUUCCAUGUUCCAAUUAAAAUACUGGAUUGCAUAUGCCUUUGAAGUGUUUUUUUCCAAAAAGCUAAGCUAUAAAACUGAGUGCCAUGUAAUCCUUUUGACUCCACACUGAACAGAAAACAUUUUGUGGUCUCGUCUUUGUAUAUCAUGUUCUACAACUUGUAAAUAUGUGCAUGUUGUUUAUUACAUUUGUCUGCCUGUCUCUUAUUGCACUGAAUUCUAUAAGUGAAUAAUUUUUUUAUAUCAUCCAUUUUGGAAAAGUUCCUCCUCCAACUCUUCCUCGCUAUUUCCCCUUCUAAUGAGUUGGUACACUUAGAAAAUCAUUUAAGAUUUUUGAAACCCUGAGAUUGAAUGAAGAAUCAUGGUUAUCUGAGGUCAUUCUUGUGUCCCCCUGACUCAAAUAGAAGGAAGCAGAAGCUCUUCCACUUUAUUUUACAAAACUGUCCUACAGCACUGGUAUAGUUGCUAUUGCUACCUAGCUGCACUUUGUACAAGGAUAAAAAGAUAUAUGUUGUUAAAUCUUCCUCUGUAGAUAGAUUUUAAGGAUUAGCUGUGGGAUUAUGAUUCCUUCACUCCUGAAUUGGCUGGGACUAUGAGCAACAGCAGUUUGAGAACUGUCCAGUGACCUAUGUAAAAUGAGUUUGCUUGUGUCGGGGGAGACGUGUAACUGUUCGACAUAGUAUCUUCUAUAGAGAGGCCUAAAAAUGCUAGAUUUGGAACCUACUCUAUAUUUUGUUUCCUAAAUGUCAGAAUUUAGGCUGGAAGUACUCUGUAAAGAAGUUGGUGAGGCAUAUGCCAAGGACAAUAGUGCUGCUUUAGAAAUAGAGAAAUGUUUUGUCAGUAUAGACAAAAGUUUAAUGCAAGCUGUUGAAGAGAUGUUUAAAAAAUACUCUACCAACUUUUUUUUCCUUUACCAGCCAAAUCACUGUUCAGGAGUUUCAUACAUAAUGAGUGUUUUCUUGCUGCCUUUUUUUUUUUUUGGCAAUGGAUCCCUCGCAUUGUGAGUUAUUACUAUCAAUCUAACUGAAUGGACAAAUAGCUGUGUAAAUAACUUCUCAUAUGACAUUUCUACUGAUAGCUGUUUGACUUUUUCUUCCCAUUAUGAAUGGGAGGCUCAUUUGUAAACUCCCCUUUCUGGGUAGCUACCAAAAAAAUACAGGCUUAUGGUCCCGUGUGACCCUGUCUCCGUUAAGCCCAGGAUAUGAGUGCCUUUAGCAAGUUUUAGCAUUUCACAGAAUAGAUGAUAGAAUUAUUGCUGUUAAUCAAAUUCAUUAAGCAAGAGCUUGGAAUAGCAAAGGUUUAUGUGAAUUCUGUGUUCCACAUAUAUUUUUUUUUUCUUAAUUCAAUCUCUGUUUGUUAUUGAGUAAAACUAUCACCAUCAUCGAUCGGGAAGAUACACCCCGAAAAUGAAUCCAGUUGUCCCAGACUGGUAACAGUCAUUAUUUUUCAUCUUUAUCUGUAUUAUAUUUGUAUUUAGUGAGUGGUAGUGUGGUGGAUUGGGAGGAGCUUGACACUGAUAUUUGGAAAAACUUCAUCCCACUGGUCUUUUUCAGACUUUUCUGUAGAGAGGAGAGUAUUAUAUAGUUGCAAAUGAAGUGUGAGAAGAAAUUGUCAUGCACCGUAAUAAUUGUGUUACUUCGUCUACAUUUAAAAAAAAAGCGUCUUCAUAAAUCGGGUUUGAGGCCUUUUGAAGCAAAAUUUUCCCUAUUUCAAAUGAUUUUUAAAAUUCUAAAUUACUAAGUACUUUAGGUCUUUAAAACACACUAAGUUAAUUUUAUUGUAGAAAUAUUAAUAUUUUAACAUUUUAUUAUGAAAAUUUUCAAACAUAUCAGAGUUGAAAAGUUUUGCAAUAUACCUACCACUAGAUUCUACAAUCAAUAUUUUACUAUAUUUGUAUUACCACACAUCAGUUCAUCCCUCUAUUAAUCCAUCAAUCCAUAGAGUUUUAAAAAAAAAUACUCAUUUCAGUGUAGAUUUCAGACACUAUAUUUCUCUUAAAUACUUCGGUAUAGGUGUCAUUAACUAGAGUUUAAUAUUUGUUUAAAUAUCUUUUAAACAAAUUUCUUGAACUCAUGAAGUUGGUAAUCUGAGCCAAUUAAUGUAUAUAUUUUUUCUCCUGUGGGCUUUAGCCUUCUAUUUUUUUUUUUUUUUCCUUUUAGUGCUCAGAGUGAAGGAUGACAACUUUUCAAACUAAAGUUUUCUGGUGUUGGUCAUUUUAAAUGCUUAGCUGUCAUACAUUUUAAAGUUUCAUGAUAAGAUUUUUUUUCCCUUUGUCUCUUGUUAUGAUGUAUUUUUGCUGAACUAUGCAGCUUCUUUAAAAAACUGUAAAUUACUGAUUGGGGUUUAUUAAAUCAGCUUAUACCUCAUUUCAAUCUACUGCUGCUUUUUUCCAUGUUAUCACAAUUCCUUUUACUACUCUCACUUGUUCUGCCAGAAAGUCUAGAGGAGCCAAAUCCAUAGAUGAUUAGCUGUUUUAAACAACUCUAGAAGAGCAGAUUAAGUAGUUUAGGAAGUGAAAACCAUUAAUUUACCUAAAGCCUUUGAAUUCCCUGAGAAUGGUAAUUGCCCAUGCUUCCUCUAGCCAUAAUUAGCAGGAUUGAAAAUGAUUGUACUGUACAAUGAGUUGUCAAAAUUGUGAGCCUUAGUGACCAUCUUUAGCUUUAUUCUAGUACUGUUUAGAAAAAGUUUUUUGACAUAUGCCUUUAUUAUGCCAAUUUUUUGUGGACAAAGAAUUUAAAUGACUUUCUCCAGGGCAUGAAAGUGCAACGAAGAUGUCAGAAUCAAAACUUCAGUGUUCUUGAUUCAUAUUCUUGUGUUAGUUUCUUAAGAUUCGUGGCCUCUAAAAUAACUGAACACUUCCUUCGGGGCCCUUAAAAUGAAUAUGUGUAUUUUUACUAAUUAGGCGCUCAUUUCCAGGCAUUUCAUGUUUUUUUUUUUUUUUUUUAAACGUAAAGAUUUUUUCAUGGUUAUAGUUCCUCAUUAAGCCGAUGCAAUUGCUAAAAAUCUCACUUCACUGUUGAAUACUAACUAAUAAUGCAGGUUUUACCAGAUUUGUUUUUGCAUUUCAAUGACCUUUAUGAUUCAUUCAUUACUCUUUCUUUGUAAGUGACCCCCUCACUAAUGAAAAUAAACGUUCUAUAUCACCAAUUUUAUGUUUAUUCUCUACAUGAUAUAUUUUUUUAAGGAAAAGUAACCCCGUGUGUCAGGAUGAAUGAUAUUAUCCUAGGCCAAAGCAUAUAUAAAGUUUAUUUCUACUCUGCAAAUCUGGCAUUUAUGGGAACAAAACUCUGUAGGGUGGCUGGUUAUUGUUUGCCUUCUUUUGGUACUUGAGCACCUUUUUGUGGUUUUGUAAAUCCAUGUCAUUCUGUAAGAAUAUGUUGAUUCUGUGUUAAUUGGUGUUCACUUUGUGGUAUCUUCAGCUGUCUAUAAUAAUUAUUUAGUUUGGGUGUGGUGUGUUUGCAUUGAAAUGCCUUAGGAAAGUAUGUCAGAAUCUGCUCUAAAGCGUUCCAUGUAUCCUCUGGGACAAUAAGGUGCCUCUCUUGGUAGUACUCUCUAGAUCCAGAAGCAAAACUGAUUUUGCUUUCACUGUUAUGGUUGCAUUUUAGCGCAGUUAUUGUUUUAAAUUAGAGAAUACAAUCCUGGGAAACCAAGGGAGUCUUUAGAACCCUUCAUUUAAUGGCAUGGCAAACUUUUAAGACAGGUUUUGCUAUUUUACUAGAACAGUGUCUCUGGUAAAAGGAUAUGGUUAAAAAAUGCCAGCCAAAAUUGUAUGAAAUUGGGAUUGUUUCCUAAAACUUUUUCUAAAUGUCCUACAGGGGUUUAACAUCUGUGUAUGCGAUUGGGGCUAAAUUCCAGUCAAUGCUUUGGAAAUCUGUUUCUGUUCUGGGACUAUAGAAAUGACAAAAGUGUCAUGGGAUUAAAACCAAUCAACUGUGAAUUGUGAAAUUGAAAUUGCUCUUUUGGUUUUAUUUUCUGCAUAUUGAAUAUAGAAAUUCAAAAGUUAUUUAAAAUUUACACUGCUUAUGUUAAUGGCUCAUCUUGGCUGUGUAUACUCAAUUAUGUACUGAUUUCUGAUAAAGGCUUGACAUUAUUAUAACAGGCAUUUUGUGUUCAAUUUAAUAAAAUGAUUUCCGAGUCUUGUCUGCAAA